AAUGGAGUUUUGGGAGUUCUCAGAGAUGGAGAGGAUUCUUCAUCAGAUUGAUUUCUUUUUUAUGCCCGUUAGACAGAAGUUCGUGUUCACUGGCAAGAAUGUAGUAGUGAACUUGUUCCCAUACAACACCAAUAACGUUCAAAGUGAUUGUCCCUUAUCCUUCUGGUUUUUUUUUUGAAAGGCAGAAAAUUAUGAAUUAUUUUACGCUCCACAAAAUCUCUGAGAUAUUGGCAAUUUUUCUUGUUAACUUCUUCUCAUUCAUCUUGUAAGUCAGAUCUGAGAAUACGCAGACAACAAAGAACAUUUUUGGAUAAUUUCCGAAUGAUAAAUAAAAAAGGAAGCGGAAACUCCCGGUGAGAAACUCGUCUUGCCAUCACUGAAUUUCCUCUUCAAGUCCCUCGAUUCUCAAAACGGAAGAAUAAAACAGUUGAAAAGGGGGAAAGAAAGAAUAGAGAGUCUAAGUCCACCCAGGCACGACUGACGUGGUCAAGCAGCGAAACGAGUCCCCACUGUGGAUCCCAAUGGGCCCACACGCACCACGAGAGGGCCCCCCGACCACGGACUAGCGUUCACCAGGGGCCUCAGUACUGCCCGAUCGCUCACUUGAGAUUCAUUUGAGACAAAACAAAUUCCUGACCGCUUGAUAAUUAAUGAAACUAUUGGGAAAAUUAAUAGAACGAAAAGAUAUAACGGUACAUAUUUCCUCUCACCGGUAAAAUUUGUCAUCAUUGGCAAACAGUGACAUCAGUUGGUGUUCCUGUUAUUUCUAAGAAAGAGAAAUAUUCCGAAUGAAAUUUAGAAUCAGAUUUGACAAUUUGAAAUACGAGAUUUGGAAAAUCAAAAAAUUAUUUAUUUUUAUCUCGCCAGUAGAUGAAUAUUUUGCAACAUUACAAGCUGGCACUUGUACUUUUUCCUAGUACAUAAAACUUUUCCGGAUAAUGUAUGAAAUUUACAUUUUUGUGAUUUUUGGUUUUAAAAAAAUGUGAAGAUUUUAUUGAGCCGAUGAUUUGGAUUGUUGUUACGGCUGAAAUUGAAAGAAAAUCGAAAAAAACAGACACUUCCGGCUCAUCCGUGGCUCCAGAAAAUUCACAGAAAUUGAUAAAACAUGAAGAUGGAGGUAGUCUUGUCAUCGUCAGGGCGUUUUGGGGAUCACGACACACCCUUCAAGAAUGAAGAAAUACGGGAAUGGUCGGGAGUAGAUCAGAUUACGGGGAUGUUGGAGCAGGCCAGGAUUGAGACAGGUCAAUGGCGAGCUAUCCAUAAUGGUUCUGCUCAUUCCUACGGAAAAAUGGUGGAUUCUCGUCAACGGAACAACGUCGAUGGCACAGUCAUUCAAAAGGCUCGUCGACAAGUCGAAGUCUUUCAGAGCCAGGAGCCAGGCAGACGAGUUCAGGUGGUCCGAGCCUCUCAGUGGUCAUCCUCCAGAGUCACAGAUCAUCUAGGACCUCCGUCUCUCCUCACCAAUCCCGAAAAAUACCCAUUCCUGAAGCGCAGCACCUCAGACGACGAUUUAUCCCUAUUUUCUUUAGAAAAUCCAUCAAAAUCUCCAAUAUCAAGUUUCACCCGAACAUCAAAAAUACGAAGAUCCCUUCAAAUCCCAACAAACGGUUCAAAAGUUUACCUUCCUGUAUCGACUCUUCAAAAAUCUCCACCGAAUUCUAAAAAAGUACUAGAAAAUCACAGUACCCUCGAAAACUCUAAAAGAAGUCCUGAACAUCCUAUUCCUAAAAAUUCCCCGCAAUCAUGUGAGAAUCAUUAUAGUCCCACCAAUCCCCAAAAAUCAUUGGAGACUCACUUCAUCUCGGAAAAUCCCAUUGAGAACCAUUACAUCCCCAUAUCGUCAGCAAUAACUUUGAAAGAUCCGAAGAAAGCGGAAAUUUCCAUAAAAAAUCAAGCCCUCAAACCCCAGCGAUCACCACAUUUAUCUCCGAAAGCCUCGAGGUCUCAGGUUUCAUCCCCGAAGCCUCAAAGAUCCCAGGUGACUGUCGUAAACCUGAUAAAUCCUCCAAAAACGAGUAUCGUAACACUGGGCUCUUCAGGGACACUGGGAAUUCCGGCAAUUCCUAGUCUUUCAAAAAAGAAAGUUGGAUUUUGCAAAACAGAGAUUCACUUCGCUGCGGACUCCGGUAAAGUGAAUAUUGUUGAGACCGAUGGAAAACCACCGCCGACAAAUAAAUUCCGGCGCAGGCGAAAGGCCCAGACUUUUUUACCGAAUCUACUAAAAAACAAAGAUGGCAAUGUGGCAAUUUUCGGAGAGAUGGAGAGAAAGGUAUGGGUCAAUUCAGACGUCAAUCCGAAGAUUCACACGACAACAAUUUGUCUUGGAGAUAGAGGCAUAGGAGGGGCUGUGGAUAAAGUUGAUUUUAGAACUAGAGGUGAUCUAGAAUCCCCUAAAGCUGUUUCCGAAUUCAUUUCUAAGCGAAAUCUGGCCAAUUUUGUUUCGCGAGAUUCUGAAGAUAACAAAGUUCUCUCGACUGUUAUCGCCACUCACGAGUCCACGAUUGCAAGAGUAGAGGACAAUGUCUCACCUGGAAAGCCCCAUGUUAUUAGUGACAAAGACUCCUUAAAUGGAGUGGAAGAAAAAAAGAUCGAGGAGACUGACAAGACAGUGAAAAGUGAAGAGGUGCAGCAAAACAGUGGGGAUACGACGACACAAAUAGUUGAGACAGAUCCAGCAGCACCACUCUAUGUUAAUGUGUUCGGAAGAGUCAGGGACGCCUUUCCGGUUUACGAGAAUUAUCGAGUGGAGAACGAGAAGAAGCAGAAGAGCGAGAUCAAACCACCGAAGGAGGAGAAAGAGAGGAUUUUGAGAAAGACUAAAGUGAUCAGUCCCAUCAAUGGGGUGAAGAGAUCUCCAUUGGAGAAAAGGGGAUUACAGGGGACUAGUUCGACUGGCGGAAGAUCUCCGAGGGAUCCCGUCAAAGUGAAGAACAUCAAGAGACCGAUCAGCGGGGAUGGAACUAGCAGGACCAAGAAGCAACCAAUGGAGGUUGUCUAUCGUACGGCAGUCUAUAAUAUGAAGAACGAGAAACUCGCAAAACCUAGUCCAUCAAAACCGAAAUCGGGCCCAAGGCUUCUCAACGACCUCAUCUGCGGAGGGAAACCAAAAAAAAUUCCGCAUUCCUCAAAACGAAAAACUUCAACGUCAUUUCAGGGGGCGAAAGAUUCAUCUCAGCCUAUCAGGCAUUGGAAAUGAGCUGAAUCAUCUCUGAAGAGUUCCCAAGAGACUUGCCUAAAGAAUCGUGAUAUUUUCAUUAGAAUAAAUAUAAUUUGCUAGAGAUAUAAGCUAUUUAAAGCUCUGGUAUAUAAUUGAGGCCCAGAGAUUGAGCUCUCUUAGUUAAAUGGAUUUUCAAUAAUAUAAUUAAAAGCUAUAUUUGUUAAUUCUUUCAAGAAGGCCAAUGAUAUGUAAAAAUACAUAUAUUAUCUAUAUACAAUACUUUAUAAUAUUAUCGGUGCAGCAACCAAGAUAUACAUAUAUCAUACAUAUAAUCAUAUUUGUUUUUUUUUCUUCAUUAUUUUAAUUUCUUCUUCUUCUUUUCUUUUACUCAGUCCUCGAUUCGUAGAAAUGAUGAGAAGUAAUUA